UUUGAUAAGAUUAAAUCGCUGCAGUGGAGCAGACAACAGCAGCAGCAUUUAUUUCAGUGUAAUGUGCACGCACUAAAGCACGUUUUUUAAUCUAUUUUAUAGUUUCGUGUAUCCAAACUUUGACCUCCUAAUUCCACCCUGAGACGGAUGUGCAUCUUCCAGGCGUGGACAUGUACCAGCCGGGCAUCAUGACCACCAACCACGGACACCCUUCCUACGAGGCCGGCUUCCUGCACAACUCCUCGGGUGCCUCCCCGGUCUACGUGCCCACCACCAGGGUCGUCACCCCGAUGAUCCCCACCCUGCCCUACCUGCAGACGCCCGGUGCGUCGCAGACCAGCACGCCGGCGUCGAGUCACUCCGCCUGGGCUCAACCGGGCGCCGAGUCGGUGUCGUCGUACAACCACUCCCCGGUGUCUCCGCGUUUCGGCUUCUCCGCAAGCCCCCCGGCCCGGGAGCAGGUGGCAGCGGCCUCCUACAGCGGCCCGCUGGGCAUCCCCGCGAACGGGAGAGAGCACUACGGCGCCCGGGGCCUCGGCGGGUCGUACCACAGCCCCUACCCGGCCUACAUGAGCCCGAACGUGGGCGGAACGUGGUCGGCGUCACCCUUCGAUAGCCCAGUGCUGCACGGCCUGCAGAACGGGUGUCCCACUGGCGCAACACGGCACCCAAAUAUAGAUCUAUUUGACGACUUCGCAGAGGGCCGAGAAUGUGUCAACUGUGGGGCCAUGUCCACGCCGUUGUGGAGGCGGGACGGCACGGGCCACUACCUGUGCAACGCCUGCGGACUCUACCACAAGAUGAACGGCAUCAACAGACCUCUCAUCAAACCCCAGAGACGACUGUCGGCCUCCAGGAGGGUUGGCCUGUCGUGCACCAACUGUCACACCACCACCACCACCCUCUGGCGACGAAACUCAGAGGGAGAGCCUGUCUGCAACGCCUGUGGCCUAUACAUGAAACUCCACGGGGUCGCACGACCUCUGGCUAUGAAGAAAGAGGGGAUCCAGACCCGCAAACGCAAACCCAAGAACCUGAGCAAGACCCAAACUGGGGGUCCAGGCAGCGAGGGGACUCCAAUGACACCAACAAGCAGCACUCACCGGGCCUCCAUCACAUCCUCCUCGUCCUCCAGCGCCUCCUCCAUGUCAGAGGAGGCCCGGCAGAUAAAGACGGAACCAGACACGUCCAGAUUGUACACGCACAACGGCAUGCACACACAGAUCUCAGCUCUGCCGGCCUACAUGGCGGCUCAAGGGGGGGCUCUUCCCCUUAAAAUGUCCCCAGGGGGGCACGGCGGUUCGUCAGGCUCAAAAGCCGAGCCGUGGAAUAACCUCAUCCUGGCUUAGAACCCGGCAGAUCCCUCACAGGACGAAUGAAGAGCAGAAAAAAACAUUUUCGAUGAUGUACAAAUCAAGUUGUGUCACUCCUGCCUGGUCUACUUGACUUAGAUAUCUUACAGUUGGUUUAUGCUCAAUAUGUGACACCAAAACAGGUCAGAGUUCAAUAUACGCGUCAGUAUUGACACAGCGUCUACUCUUGAAUUGAUAACAUCAGAAGCCAGUGCAGUUGCACAAUGCAAACAGUAACGUGGACGAUGUGAGCAAGUGGUUCCCUCUGCUGGAUGCACUGUAGAUUUCACCCACACGAAAAACGUUAACCUGAGCCUGUUUGAAAAACCCCAAAAACAACUAAAUUAUUUGAAGAUUUAGGCUUUGUGGUGGGGAAAAAAGCGCAAUAUGCUUAAAUUAUGGCAAAUUAUAGUAUUAUUGUUAUUAUAACAUCCGCCAUGUUUAUUUAUGGAUGUACAGUGAACAGGGGCGCCGCUAGGGAUUUUGGGCCCCAUGAAAAGAAUCUUUACAGGGCCCCCAACACAGCGGCAACAUUAUAAUUUCAUCAUCAUUAGGGGCCUCUCUGGGCCCCCCUCCAUCAUGGGCCCCUAGAAUCUGUCUCCUUUACCCCCCCUUUUCGGCGCCCCUGACAGUGAAGCCCAAAGUUUCAUAUCCUUUGCAUCCAAUUUAAAAUAUAACGUGGAUCAUGCGUAUCUUUUAGCUUGAAAUGACACAUGAAAGUGGACCAAAUGCAUUUGUGUUACCAAAUAUAAAUAGCUAUUUUAAUUUCAAACGCCAAUGUCCAAGAUGUUUUAUGCGCUUUCUCUUUACAUGUAUAAGUUUAUAGCGCAGUAGUAUACUCUGGAUCAGGGUUCUUAAGUUAAAGUACCACCUACUUACACAAUAUUUGUCAUAUUUCUAAGCAGAGGUUUUUACUACCAUCGCUUACAUGAAGGUAUAGCUUCAAACAUGUGUCUCUAAUAUAGGUUUUAUUUAUAACAAUCUCUCUGAUGUUCUCGAGUACCUUGACAUGAAGCCUGUGUGCCACCAGUAGUACUCGUACCCGUUUUAAGAUUAUUCUAAAAUGAUUAUUUGAGUUGCUAGGAAAUUCAUGGAUUAUCUAAAUAAUUAAGACAACAUAUGCAUAAUUUUUUACAAUUUAACUCAAACUUUGACAAGAGUAGGAAUUAUUUUCUGCUUCCCUUGUAUCAUUUUCUACUGUCUGGAGAAAAAAGGCUGCUGCUCCCUCUCACUAUCCAUAUCCUCACUGCAAAUCUCUGUUCAUAUUUAUUUCUAAAGGCGCAACCGCUACAGACAUUAAGUUCUAUAUCAUUCUGUGUAACCUUCAUUUUAGGGGUUGUGUGUCAUGUCUGUACAGUAUUUUUUGUGUAAAUGUGUUAUAUUGUGCUGCGUUUAAAUACCUAUUUGCAACUUGAUAUACAUAUAUGUAAAGGCUCUCCACUCCAGUAUAAUUGUGUAAUUCACUUAUUAGUGCUAUACAGUAUUGCAUUGAGAUGCACGAACGUGAUACUACCUAAUAUACCUUCUCUGGUGCCGCUGGGGCUCUUAACAGGCCACUCAAUGGUACA